AUGCACGCCAGCUUUCUCCUUGUGUUCAUUGUAUCCGCGAUCGCAGCCUCUGCUGCGCCGGCCAAAGUCUCCCACGUCGCGCACUCGUCAAGCUCCAUCAAGAACUUGAAGAGAAAUAUCAAGAAUGUUGUCGUUCUGGAGAUGGAGAACCGCUCCCUGGAUAACUUACUGGGCGGCCAGACGAUUGAGGGUCUCGAGAAUCCCAUCAAUAACGGCCCCUUCUGCAAUCCUUACAAUUUGACCGACCCCUCACAAGGCAUGGUCUGUAGCAGUGCCAAGGACAUUGAUUCUAUUCUAGACGAUCCCGAUCAUACGGUAACGGGUAACAAUAUCGAGUUUUAUGGCGCCUUUACCCCCGAUAAUGCCGAUAUCGCUAGCGGCAAACUGACGCCGGCACAGAAGGGCUUCGUGUAUGAGCAGCUGCGUCAAUAUGAUGGAGGCGAUACGAACAAGACAAGACUGGCAAAAGAGGUCCUCAACUAUUAUACCGAGGAUCAGGUACCAGUCUUGACGAGCCUGGUGCAGAAUUAUGUCACAUUCAACCAUUGGCACUCAGAUCUCCCUGGCCCCACUGCCCCAAACCGCGCGUUCGUCCUUUCUGGAACUUCAGCUGGCCACGGAACCAAUGACGAAGACUUUGACGCUGGCACGCAUGGCCUCACCCAGCGCAGUAUCUUUCAACAGCUUUCCGAAACCAACCACACCUGGAAAAAUUAUUACACCGACCCAGCCGAACAAAUGGUUGACGCCUGGUUCUUCGACUGGACUUUUACCAGCGGCAACGAACAGCUAGCUGUACCUCUUCAUGAGUUCUACGCCGACGCCGCAGCUGGCACACUGCCUGAUUUCAGCUUCAUCGAACCAUCCUGCUGUGGCCAGGGCACAACCUCAAUGCACCCGACGGGCCUGAUCUCCGAUGGCGAAUCUCUCAUCAAAGACGUUUACUCCGCGCUCCGCGCUAGUCCCCAUUGGAACCAGACUCUCUUUAUUCUGACCUUUGACGAAACGGGCGGCUUCCAUGACCACGUCCCGCCGCCUUUAGCGCCGCGACCGGAUGGCCUUACCUACACCGAGGUAGCCCCGAACGGCGAAAAUUAUACGUUUUUCUUUGAUCGACUAGGUGGCCGUGUCCCGACGCUCCUCAUUUCACCGUGGGUGGCUAAGGGUGUAGUUGAGCAGAAGGGUACAAAUUCUGAUGGAGAGAUGGUUUCGUACUCCGCUUCUUCGCUGCUCAGGACAUUGGGGUAUCUCUGGGACUUUGAACCAUUUACACCACGCGUAAGUGGCUCUGCUUCGUUUGAUCAUUUGAUUCGGAGCUCAAAACGGGAGGAUACGCCUGUUUCGCUGCCAGUGCCGAAACACUUUUAA